CAAUGCGGAAAUGUACAUGACUUGCCUCACAGUGACAAGGAUAAGGAACGUUCCAAGAGGUACACGCGGAACCUAGGCUAAUCAUCGCACUAGAGAUUGGUGUGGCAAGGCGCUCUGCGUUUGUUUAGAAUUGUUGUAUUGAUGUAGUGGCCGCCCACUGCAUGCCAUUUAAAAAGUUAAAUUGACAUCCCUAGCCGCCGCACGGAUGGAGCACCUAUCGAGGUUCGUAGGUCAGAUGUCCUUGACAGAUGACAGCAGAGCAGAGGGCAUCAUCUCAUCGGAGUAUAGUAAUAUCCGUGAUCGGACUUCCAUCAUCAAGAAAGAUCUUGGCCUUACGACGAAAGCCGGGGCACUGAAGGAAAAUGUAAAGAAGAAUCGUUACAAAGACAUUUUACCAUAUGACCAGACCCGUGUUCCCCUAUCUCCACUGACGAAUGACAAUGAUUCUGACUAUAUCAACGCCAGCUUCAUUAAAGGUGCAACAGAGACCAGAAAAUACAUUGCGACCCAAGGACCUCUGAGGCACACUUUGGUUGACUUCUGGCAAAUGAUUUGGCAGUAUGAUGUAAAGGUCAUAAUCAUGGCUUGCAGAGAAAUUGAAAUGGGAAAGAAAAAGUGUGAGCGCUAUUGGACAACUGUCAAGGAAACAACCCCCUUUGGUCCCUUUAUUGUCUCAAAUCUUGAGGAAUCCAACCCAAAUGAGGAAGUCGUCUUGAGGACUCUGACUGUGAGAUAUCAUAAUGAAACACGGACUGUCUCUCAAUUCCAAUACACAGCUUGGCCUGAUCAUGACAUUCCAUACACAGCUGGUGGUAUUUUAGAAAUGAUGGAUAUGGCUCGCAAAGCCCAGGGAAACAACGCUAGCCCUGUUCUCAUCCACUGCAGUGCUGGUUGUGGAAGAACAGGGGUGAUUUGUGCCCUGGAUUAUGUUCAUGAUCUUCUUGUGACAAAGCAAAUCAAAGGAGACUUCAAUAUCAUGAAGAUUGUAGUGGAACUAAGGAGACAGAGGCCAUCAGCUGUUCAGACAAAGGAGCAGUAUCAGUUUGUGUUUUCUGCCGUGGCUUACAUGUUUGAGAAGGCUUUACGGUCACCUGAGAACAACUACCAGAAUCUCACCAAGAGCAACCAACCUCUCUAUGAUGACGUUGAGUUUGUGAAGACCUCUCCACCGAUAACAUCAGCCAUCGCUCAGCCACUUGAAAAAAGAAAUUCUAGUGUGCAGCCCAGAGCGCCUCAACUGUGCCAGCAGAAUAUGGAUGACACCUAUGCUGUGGUCAACAAGUCCAAACAGCUUCCGUCACCAGCCUCUUCCUCAGCUCUUCCGACCGCUCUCCAUCACUAUGACAACGCAGAGCUGGGCACCCUGAAAUGCCCCGCCACUGCUCUCUACAGCACGGUUAAGCCUAAGAGCAGAUGUCCUCCAGCCAAUCCACCUCCAGCAGCCUCACCCAUAUAUGACACAGCUAGACCAGCCAAUCACAGGCUAGCUGAGGCCACGUUAGGGAAGGAACAGAGUGGCUAUGAACAGGUCACAGCUGAGCAUCAUUCCUCGACGGGAGAUGACUAUGAAUAUGUCUCAAAUCCCAUCAAAGACCUGACCAACAGCUGUACUCCUGGUAGCAUGGGGUUCAACUGUCGCAUUAAGAAACCCAAAGGGCCCCGGGAUACCCCGGCAGAGUGGAGUCAUGUGGAGAGAUGAUACAGCAGCCAUAUACCAGUUUAUUCAACGUUUUACAUGUUUUAGAAGCAGUGGGAAUGGGCUCUUUCAUAGAGGUUUUUAACUUGCUGUGAACACCUCUAUGUGAUCUUUCUUUUAUAACCCGUUUGAGUUGGUAUAUUUUUCAGAUCAUUUGUACCACUUCUUUAUUUAUUGUGAUUGAUAUUACUGAUGAAAAAUAUAUAUAUAUUAUGAAACAUCUUUCCAUUCUGAGACAGGUAUUGUUUUUGGAUACUACACAGGUUUUGGAUCCUAACCUAAGGUUCUUCAGCUGUCCCCAUAGGAGAAGCCUAUAAAUAACCAUUUUUGGUUCCAGGUAGAACCCUUUCCACAGAGGAACCCUGAAGGAUUACACCUGUAACCAGAAAUUAUUCUUCGAAGAGUUAUCCUAUGGGGACAGUUGAAGAACCCUUUUUGGAACUCUUUUCUUCUAAGAGUGUAAUUACCAAAUUGAAGUUCAAAGUGGUGCAAUGGUGUGACGGCACUAACCAACAGGGGGCACUAUAGUAACAUGGGAUAAUGAGCUUUUCAAAAUUAACGAAACAGGUAUUGUAAAAUGUUUUUUCACAGGUAUUUAUUUGAUGUCUACUCAUUUCUGGUGACAAGGACUUACAAUAAAUCUUUGUAUUAGG